AUGACGCCAGUGCUACUGUUCACCGAGUGCCGCCCGCCGCCGAACCUCUUCCGCUGCCGUGAUCUCGUGAUGCACGAAGGGCCAAUCUGGCUCUACCACGUGGCAUCCGCCGCCAUGCGUGAGCGUUUGCAGCCAAUCGGGUCGUGCCAGCUGGCGCACCCAACGACCUUGGCGGAAGUGGGCAGGGCGGAAGGGGGAGCACAGGAAGGGCGGGACGCGGCUCGGAGAAUAGGAGAAGCGCACGAAGCGGAACUAGUGGAGGCGCCCGAGGAAGCGCGAGUUUUGGCGCGGCAAAUGCUGGAAUCGCGGACACCCCAAGAGACGCCUCGAGCGGCGCCGCGAGUGGCUUACGCGUCGGUGCUGCACACGACAGAGGACUACGUGUGCGGCGCGAUCGUGCUGGCUAGGAGCCUGAAGAAGAGCGGAACGAAAGCGGACCUGGUGCUGCUGGUGUCGCGAGAAAUCAGCCGCAAGAGCCGCAGGGGACUGAAGAAGGCGGGGUGGCGACUCAAGGAGAUCGAGCGGAUUCGUAACCCGCGCGCCGUGCCGAAGUCUUAUAACGAAUGGAACUACAGUAAGCUGCGUCUGUGGCAACUCGAGGAGUACGACAAGGUCAUCUUUGUUGACUCAGACGUCCUCGUUUUAAAGAACCUCGAUUUCCUCUUCAGUUACCCCGAGCUCUCGGCCCGCGGCAACGCGCGCCACCUCUUUAAUUCCGGAGUGAUGGUUCUAGAACCUUCCAACUGCACCUUUAAUCUCUUCAUGUCCCACGUCACCACCCUCACCUCCUGCAAUGGCGGCGACCAAGGCUUCCUGAACAAUGUUUUCGCGUGGUGGCACCGGCUGCCUGAGUCGGUCAGCAUGCUGAAAUACUCCUGGAACGGGGACACUGGUGCUGGCGGGACGGCGGAGCGGGCGGCAAAGCGGGCGGCGCAGCAGGCAGCGCAGCGGGCGAUGCUUGACCGGGUGUUUUCAGCCGAGCCGGCUCGGGUGCAUGGGAUUCACUACCUGGGCAGGAAGCCGUGGCAGUGCUACCGCGACUUUGACUGCACGUGGCUGUACCCGUGGGACCACCAGUAUGUGAGCGACGCCGCUCAUGCCCGCUGGUGGGCACAGCACGACCUCAUGCGUCCCUCCUUGCAGGAAUACUGCUGGUUGCCCAACAGAUGGGUGGACAUGGGUGGGCGCUGGUGGGCGCUGGUGGGCGCAGCACGACCUCAUGCGCGCCUCCCCGCUCUUUCCCUAGUACCCCCCUUCUUUCUCCCCUCCACCAUCAGGAGGAAGGCAGAGAUGGGUUUCUGCAGGCGAGUGCUCAAGAAGGAAGUGGCUCCUCCUGCUGCAUUGACUUACAAGUCCCCCCUUUACGACCCUCGUACCGCUCUCCACCCCCCUCCAUUCCCCUCAACCUUCAGGUGGAAGGCAGAGAUGGAGUAUCGCAGGAGAGUGCUGAAGAAAGAGAAGGCUCCUAAAGCGUUUUGGAACUUCAACAUCACAGACCCGAGGAGGGACCUGUGUGUGAAGGGGCAGACCACGUGCAAUUGGCGGGGAUACCUGAGACACUGGAAGAAAUGA